CGAGAACCAAAACUCUUCGUCCUUCGCAUUCCUCUUUCCAAAAUGCGCGGCACUCUCAUCUUCGCGGGCUCCUCCUGCCCAGCUCUCACUACUCAGAUAUGUGAGAACUUGGGCAUGGCUCCUGCUGAGGCGGAGCUUACCCAAUUUUCCAAUGGCGAGACGAGCGUGCGAAUCUUGACUAGCGUCCGAGAGAAGGAUGUGUUUGUCGUCCAAUCUGGCAGCGCCAGGGUCAACGACACCAUCAUGGAGUUGUUGAUCAUGAUCUCGGCCUGCAAUGGCGGCUCGGCCAACAACAUCACUGCUGUACUGCCAUACUUCCCUUAUAGCCGUCAGUCAAAGAAGAAAUCUCACCGCGGGGCGAUCACGGCACGAAUGCUUGCAAAUCUUUUGGGUGUCGCUGGCGUGAAGCACGUCAUCACCGUCGACCUUCACGCAUCCCAGAUGCAGGGAUUCUUCAAAUGCCCCGUUGAUAACCUUCACGCCGAGCCGUUGAUUGCGAGAUGGAUCCGCCACAACGUUCCCAACUGGAAGGAGGCUGUCGUUGUGUCCAAGAAUGCCGGCGGAACCAAGCGUGUGACAUCGCUUGCGGACGCGCUGAAGCUGAACUUUGGCAUGGUUACCACGGAGAAGAACCGAAAGGGAAACAACAUGACCUCGAGCAUGAUCCUCCACCAUCUGGACAACCUAGACCGACAGCCGGUGCUGGAGAGCAGUCGCCAACCCGCAACGGUGCGACCCUCUACGCCUCCUGCAGCUGGACGCGCCGCCAGGGUGAGAGCUGACGCCUCUGGUUCCCCUCAGCACACCAGCGCACCACGGUCCCACCCUCGCUCCAUGGAUGACGUACCUACCACGCCCACGCAGUCCCAGCCCGGCGAUGGCUCUGUCGAUGAAGAGGAGAGCGAUGCGCUGUAUGACGACCGUCGCGCCCAGGAGGUCACGCACGGACGGCUGGUUCAGGGUCACAUAGUAGACGACGACUAUCCAUCGCCGGCUGCAUCGACCGUGAGCGGCAGUGUCCGGGACGAAGAUCCCAUGACCAUGUCUCACGCCUCUUCCUUCUUCGCUCCGGAGCCUCACGCUCUGGGAGGCUCGGGAGAUGCGGCCCCUGAGUCGGACGAGGAGGACGAAGUCCUGAAGGACCCCAAGGUGGAGCACAUGAUCACCCUAGUCGGCGAUGUCAAGAACAGAACUGUCUUCAUCGUGGACGACAUGAUUGAUAAGCCUAACUCAUGGAUUGCCGCGGCCGAGACCGUUGUCAAGAAGGGACGUGCUAAGAAGGUUUACUGCAUGGCCACGCAUGGUGUUUUUGGUGGCGACAGCCUCGAGCAGUUGCAGAAAUGCGAGUGCAUCGACACCAUCCUGGUGACCAACAGUUUCCCCAUCCCCGAGGACCAGGCUAAGCGUGCUCCCAAGCUCGUCGUUCUGGACCUUUCAUUCCUUCUUGCCGAGGCCAUCCGUCGCAACCACUACGGCGAGUCGAUUUCUCCUCUGUAUCAACACAUUCUGGACUAGAUCCAUUGAGAGAGCAUGGAACCGGAGACUGUUCCGGUUACAGUUCGCUAGAGACACGGCUUCUUUCUUGCCUUUCUAUUUUGACUGGCUCGGAUUUUUGAGUCCAGUUUGUGUGGCAUACUUGGGGCAUUUCAGCGCGGCGUUCUGGAACAUGACGCGGCUCACAGUGGAACAGCCAGAUGGCGGCACCAAAAUCAGGAGACUUUGGGUAGGUCUAUCAAAAACACAACCCACGGUCAGUACUAGAGAUGAAUGAUGAAACCUCGAUACCUUGAACCAGCCGCUACCUUCAUGGUGUGUGAGCUCGUCAGCAACUGAUGCUUUCCUCUUCACUUUCUUCCCCGGAGCUGAGUGGCAUCACUGCCGUCUCAGCUCCACCCCAUCGAUGCUGUCUUC